AUGAACGAAAUGAACGAAUCUUUCCUCGGAAAUACGGAUCUUUGCAAAAAUAAACCAAAUUUAUUUGUAUUUUCUGAUUUUGAUGGAACUAUUGUAAUUCAAGAUACUGGAAAGAUCUUGUUCGAUCGUUAUGGAUAUAGUCCUGAAAAGCAAGAAAAACUUGAGGAGGCACUUCAUCGUGGAGAACGAACAUUUCGAGAUAUUUCAGAAGAAUUAUGGGGACAUCUAAAACUUCCUUUGACAGAAGGUAUUGAUAUAAUUAUGCAAGAAUUAGAAAUAGAUCCAGGAUUUUACAAUUUUUAUGAUUUUUGUUUAAAUUUUAGUAUUCCAUUUUGGAUCAUUUCAUCUGGACUUCAUCCUUUACUUAAAGCAGCUUUAUCUAAGUUUUUAGGGGUUGAAAUGGCUGAACAUAUUAGAAUUAUUGCAAACGAUGUAGAAGUCACUUCAAAUGGAAUUUGGAAACCAAUAUGGCAUGACAAUACUCCAUUUGGCCAUGAUAAAGCAGCAUCGGUUAAAAAUUGUAUAAAAAAAUAUUCAAAUAAUGAUUCAAAAGAAUUAUCUCCACUCAUAAUAUUUAUUGGAGAUGGUAUUUCUGAUUUUUCUGUUGCAAAAAACGUAGAUAUCUUAUUUGCUCGAAAAGGUUUUUCUCUUGAAAAAUAUUGUAUCAAACAUGCAAUUCCUUAUAUUUCUUAUGAAACAUUUACUGAUGUUCAACGAGAAAUAGCCAACAUUUUAUAUAAUCAUCAUAAAUAUAUACCUUUAAUUGAACCCUCAACUUUAGAACCUGCUUGUUCUAAUUUUUUACAAGCGUCUGAAGCACCUACUUUAAAUUAA